AUGGCUGUCACUAAGCGGGCGGGGCGGAACAAAACAAAGGAUGCAGCGGGGGUGACAUCGAAGGUCCCCUUCAUGAAGGGAGCUGUCGGUAGCUCUGCCGGCGGUCAAGGUCCUCCCAAGAAGGCUUUCUAUGAGGGCUCGAAGAAGAAGGAAGUUGGUGUUAGCGACCUUACCCUCAUCAGCAAGAUUUCCAAUGAAGCUAUCAACGAGAACCUGAUGAAGCGAUUCGAAGCUGCCGAGAUAUACACUUACAUUGGACAUGUGUUAAUCUCAGUAAACCCGUUCCGAGACCUGGGAAUCUACGUCGACUCCGUCAUGGAAGCCUACAAAGGCAAGAACCGAUUAGAAAUGCCCCCACACGUCUUUGCGAUCGCGGAAGCCUCAUACUACAACAUGAAUGCCUACCGAGACAACCAAUGUAUCAUCAUCAGUGGCGAAUCAGGUGCCGGGAAAACCGAAGCUGCGAAGAGAAUCAUGCAAUACAUUGCCAACGUAUCUGGGGGCCAGCAAAACUCUCACAUUACCGAGAUCAAAAACAUGGUUUUGGCGACCAAUCCGCUGUUGGAAGCCUUUGGGUGUGCGAAGACGCUGAGGAACAACAAUUCGUCGCGGCACGGCAAAUACCUAGAAAUCCAGUUUAAUGCGCAGGGUGAACCAUGUGGUGCAAAUAUCACAAACUAUUUGCUAGAGAAGGGUCGUGUGGUUGGUCAGAUCAUGAAUGAGCGAAACUUCCACAUUUUCUACCAAUUUGCUAAAGCUGCUAGUCCAGCCUACAGAGAAUUGUUCGGCAUUCAGACGCCUGAAGCUUAUGCCUAUACAUCUAACUCCCGAUGCUUAGAUGUCCCCGGAAUCGAUGACACAAAAGAAUUUAGCGAAACCCUCCAGGCGAUGAAGGUUAUUGGCCUCACGCAACAGGAGCAGGACGAUAUCUUCAGAUUGUUAGCCGCUAUCUUAUGGAUCGGGAAUGUCCAAUUCAGAGAAGAGGAGAGUGGAAGCGCAGCAAUCGUUGACCCCGGGGUUACUGAUUUCGCAGCUUAUUUAUUACAAGUUGAUGGCGUAGCUCUCAAUAAGGCUCUAUCUAUUCGUAUAGUCGAAACAUCGAGAGGUGGAAGGAGAGGUUCCAUCUAUGAGUCUCCGCUCAAUGCAGCGCAAGCUACUUCCGUAAGAGACACAUUGGCAAAGGCGAUCUAUAACAAUCUUUUUGAAUGGAUCGUCGACCGUAUCAACGUCUCGAUGAAGGCUCGCGAACAAACAUCCUACACAAUUGGUAUCCUCGAUAUUUACGGGUUCGAAAUUUUCGACAAGAACUCUUUUGAGCAACUUUGUAUCAACUACGUGAACGAAAAAUUACAGCAGAUCUUUAUAGAACUUACGCUCAAGACAGAACAAGAGGAGUAUGUACGAGAGCAGAUCGAGUGGCAACCUAUCAAGUACUUCAAUAACAAGAUCGUGUGCGAUUUGAUCGAGGAGAAGAGACCACCUGGAGUUUUCGCAGCCCUCAAUGAUGCAUGUGCAACCGCUCACGCAGAUCCUAGUGCAGCCGAUGGAACGUUCAUUCAAAGACUCAAUGCACUUUCGACAAACCCUCACUUUGCUCAGCGACAAACGCAGUUUAUCAUUAAGCACUAUGCUGGAGAUGUUACCUACCAGAUUGAGCACAUGACGGACAAGAACAAAGACCAGCUUCUCAGGGAUAUCCUCGAACUUAUGGAGGCCAGUGACAACCAGUUCCUGCACACAAUCUUCCCUCAACAGGUCGGCGCCACGGAUACAAAGGGGCGUCGCCCGCCGACUGCCAGUGACAAGAUCAAAGCAUCCGCAAACGACCUCGUGAAUACACUUUCCAAGGCGACACCUUCCUAUAUCCGAACGAUCAAACCAAAUCAGAACAAGUCGCCUAAGGAAUAUGAUUCCGCUGCUGUCCUCCAUCAGAUCAAAUAUCUUGGUCUUCAAGAAAACGUCCGUAUUCGAAGAGCUGGCUUCGCAUAUCGCCAGACCUUUGAAAGAUUUGUGGACCGAUUCUACUUGCUGUCAUCAAAAACAUCCUAUGCAGGUGAUUACAUCUGGACCGGUGACCCGCGAUCAGGAUCUGAGCAAAUUCUCAAGGAUACGAGGAUACCAAAGGAAGAAUGGCAGAUGGGAACAACCAAGGCAUUCAUCAAGACACCCGAGACCCUAUUCGCCCUAGAGACCAUGCGCGACCGAUACUGGCACAACAUGGCAAUUCGUAUUCAACGGGCCUGGAGAAACUAUUUGAGAUAUCGGACCGAAUGUGCCGUCAGGAUCCAAAGAUGGUGGCGAAAUCUCACCGGUAGUACAGAUUUUGUCAAGUUACGUGACUACGGCCACACUGUUCUUGCCGGAAGGAAGGAGCGAAGACGCUUCAGCAUCAUUGGAUCCAGACGGUUUAUGGGAGACUACCUUGGCGUUGACAAUAGAGGAGGAUACGGCGAACAUGUCAGAAACUCCGUCCAGAUUCCCGCCAGUGACCAAACGCUUUUCUCCUGCAGAGGUGAAAUGUUAGUAUCGAAACUGGGGAGAUCUAGCAAACCGAAUCCACGAUUAAUUGUCCUUACCAAUCGCAAUUUCUACAUUGUCACCCAGUCAAUUGUCAAUAACCAGCUCCAGAUUCUAUCGGACAGAACAAUCCCACUAGGGACGAUCAAGUUUAUCGGAACAUCGAAUCUUCGCGAUGAUUGGUUCUCUUUAGGCGUAGGGGCCCCGGGACAACCGGAUCCGCUCAUAUCCUGCAUCUUUAAAACGGAACUUUUCACUCACAUGAAGGGCCUCAUGACCGGAAUUUUCGAUCUUCGGAUUGGUCCAACCAUUGAGUACAACAAAAAACCUGGAAAGAUCGCCGUGGUCAAGACGCUUAAGGACCCGGCUGUUCCAAGGGAUGACUUGUACAAGAGCGGAACGAUCCACGUUGGGCCCGGUGAGCCUCCGAACAGCGUCUCAAGGCCAACUCCAAAGCCGAGAGCGAAGCCGGCCAAGGCUAUUACAUCCGGCGGACUACUCAAAAAGAGUGUUAACGGAAAACUUUCUUCCCAAGCCCGCGGGAGGACGACGCCACAGCCACAAGCCCGCCCGGUACCGCGACAACUACCUGGGGGUGGUAGUUCAACAGUUUCGAGCAACCCAUCAACGGUCAUGCCAGCAGCCAUCAAGCCAGUAACUCCAGUUCUACAACAACAGCCCAUGUCAAAUGGAUAUGGUGGAAAUCAACAAAGAAAUUCCAUGGGGUCUUCUGUUGCCUCAACACGAGCUCCUCCUCCACCGCCACCACCCCCACCCGCGGCAACACCCUCCCAAGAUCCGAUGGCCCGCGCUUUAUACGAUUUCGCCGGCCAGAGCGCGAACGAACUCACUUUGACAAAAGGGGAAAUUCUCAUAAUUCUCCAAAAAGAGGGAAACGGAUGGUGGCUUGCUAAAAAAGCGGAUGAUACCCAAGGGUGGGCGCCCAGUGCAUAUCUUAAAGAAGAGGAAGCCGCGAAACCUCCACCUCCGCCGCCUCCGCCGCCAGCCGUGGCUGGGAAGGCAAAACCUCCACCUCCACCCCGACCCAAGCCGUCGGCAGCUGCAGCUGCAGCAGUAAGGAAGCCAAGCUCCAUGCAUCAACCCGCGGAAACAGUUACUUCCUCAACAGGCACAAGAGCGUCCAAUCUCAGCGUGCAAAGUCAGCCUGAUGGUGGAGCACCUAAUUCAAGUUUAGCAGGAGGUCUUGCCGCUGCAUUGAAGAAAAGAUCGCAGGCAAAUCGAGGAUCGGACGAAGACAAUGAUGACUGGUGA